UUAUAUUCUAACUUCUCUCUCCCUUUUGUUUUGUGCUUUCACAAUCUCAAGUUUGAGGCUUUAACUUUGAGAAUAUGGAGAGUGCUGUGAGCAAGUUGGUGGCAGACAGGCCAGUGGUGGUCUUCAGCAAGAACUCUUGCUGCAUGAGCCACUCCAUCAAGACGCUCUUGUGCGAUUUUGGAGUUAACCCGACCGUGUACGAGCUCGAUGAGCUUCCCCGAGGGAAAGAGAUCGAGCAGGCUCUCACUCGGAUCGGAUGCAAUCCCGCCGUGCCAGCGGUGUUCAUUGGCGGGGAACUGGUUGGUGGGGCCAAUGAAGUUAUGAGCCUUCACCUUAAGCGGAACUUGAUUCCGAUGCUGCGGAAGGCGGGCGCUUUGUGGGUCUAAACAUGCCUGCCUUUGUACUUAACUACUACCUAUAGAUGUAACUUGACGGUAUAGCCAAGAAUUUACUUAACCAUAGGUAUAUAUUGGACGAAAUGGCAUAGAGAGUUUACUUGAAAAGUCUUGUGUAAGUCCUUUUUUGGUGACUUCAAUGUAAUGUAUAAUGUAAUGUUUUGGUUUAUCUAAUAAUAAAUAUAUAAGUUCAAGAGGCUAUAAGAACUAAACCAAAUGAUCUCCACCUGCAUGUUUUG